AUGUCUGCACUAAGCAAGCUCCUUCUUCUAGCCGGCUUCGCCGCGCACGCCAUGGCCAUCACCAUUCCGGUCAAAGUUGGUGAAGUUGGCCUCACCUUCGAACCGAACGAAAUAAGGGCACACAAGGACGACGUAAUCGAAUUCCGUUUCUACGCCUUGAACCACAGCGUUGUGGCAGGCAACUUCGACGAGGCCUGCACACCCGCUGAAGAAGGGGGCUUUUUCUCGGGCUUCAACUUCCCUACAGCAAGAACCAACCCGCCAACCGCCAAUCCCCUCGUCUUCCGCGUGACCGUCACCAACACCCACCCGCUGCCCAUCUACUGCUCGCAGAACAACGGGCAGCACUGCAAGAACGGCAUGGUGGCCGUCAUCAACCCAAGCGGCCAGCGGCGGUCGCUCGCGGCGUACAGAAGCCUGCUGGCCAACGCAGGCAACGCCACCUCCCCGCUGCAGGGGGUCUUUGGUGGCGUGAUUGCCCAGAGAGAGGACGACGGCUCUGCAAGCUACAGCGCCAGCACCACUACUGCUACUGCUACUGCUACUGUCACAACGAGUGCUGUCCUGAAUCAGACCGUGACGACUACUACUACUACUACUACUACUAGCAGUACGACGGCGGCCACCGUGACCCAAACGGGUGCCGCUGCCACGAGCACGACUGCCGCGCCUGCCAGUGGAGCGGGCAGGUUGGCUGGUGUACCGCUUGCGGGGAUGCUGCUGGCCGCGGCCGCUGCGGUUGUCUUUGUUUGA